UGAUUGUGGGCUCGACGGAAAAGAACCCAACCCAACCUUCUUCCCUUAUACGCGAGAAGGAGCAAACAGUGCCACGUUUACGGAGCAAGCGUGGAGAUGAGAUAUUUGUUACUCUCAAGCCUGUUCAAGAACACGAAAGUUACAGCAGCUGCCAAUCCUUAAAGAUUGGAACGAAUUCUUAAUCAACCAGCUUUCUGAGUUCCCACAUCUCUGCAAAAAUUGAGCUACUAUUACUUGUGAUUAUCUACAAUGACCACGGUGGCAAAGCUGCAUGUUCCGCCGCUAGAUUGUCGUCACCAGGCAGGCGAACGUCCUCCACCUCGGCAUUUCCUUCGCCAUCGUCUUUUCUGGGACCCAGUUUGUGUGAAGGGUCGGGGGAGAAUUUGGGCUCGACCAUGCAGGUCUUUCAGGUCCGAGGAGGGUGUUGGGACUGAAGAGAAGGAGAAGAAAGGUGAAGAAAAUUGUGGUGAAGUGAGGGGAAGUAAUGGUUUUGCUGCUGGGAAAGAUGUGAACAAGUUUCUUGGGGGCAUUAGAAAUGCUAUCUGGAGAGUUUCGAAGCCCAGUUUGCGAUCAGAACGGAAGCUUGCAGAAGCAAUGGAGAAGUUGGAGGAAACUUUAUUUUCUUUUUCUAUGCACAUUGGAAGAUAUAUUGUGACAAUGUUAAGCACUGGAGUUAUACUGCUAAUUGGGUUUCAGUUGUCAGGUGGGGAUGAUCAAAUGAAUGCAUUAGUUUGGUAUAGUUGGCUUGGAGGGGUUAUUAUUGGGACAAUGAUUGGUUCCAACAUGGUGUUAGAGGAAGUGAGUCGAUUUGGUCCACGCAAUGUUGUUAUAACUGGAAGUACACGAGGACUAGGAAAAGCUUUGGCACGUGAGUUUUUACUUUCAGGUGACAGGGUCGUUGUUACCUCACGCAGCCCUGAAUCUGUGGACAUGACCAUCAAAGAACUAGCAGAGAAUCUGAAGGAAGUCAUAAUUGCUACAGGUGGCUCAUCCAGAACACAUCUACGGCAUGCAAAAGUAGUGGGAAUUCCAUGUGAUGUCUCUAACCCUGAUGAAGUUAGGAAGUUGGCAAACUUUGCUGUCAAUGAACUUGGUUCCAUUGAUAUCUGGGUGAACAAUGCAGGGACAAAUAAAGGAUUCAGGCCCUUGCUACAGUUCAAUGAUGAUGACAUCCAACAGAUUGUAUCUACAAAUUUGGUUGGAUCAAUACUUUGCACUCAUCAGGCCUUACGGAUCAUGAACAGCCAAAGAAAUGGUGGUCAUAUUUUUAAUAUGGAUGGUGCUGGAUCUGGGGGAUCUAGCACUCCCCUGACAGCUGUCUAUGGCGCGACAAAAUGUGGACUUAGGCAGCUUCAAUCAUCACUUCUGAAGGAGUGUAGAAAAUCAAAAGUUGGAAUUCACACAGCCUCACCAGGCAUGGUUCUGACGGACUUGCUGUUAAGUGGUUCAAGUGUAAAAAACAAGCAAAUGUUCAACAUCAUCUGUGAGCUUCCAGAGACAGUUGCUAGAACCUUAGUUCCACGAAUGAGGGUUGUAAAGGGAAGCGGGAGGGCUAUCAACUAUUUGACUCCUCCAAGGAUUUUGCUUGCGCUAGUCACCGCAUGGCUGAGACGUGGUCGCUGGUUUGAUGACCAGGGACGGGCGCUCUACGCUGCUGAGGCCGAUAGACUGCGCAACUGGGCUGAAAGUCGUACCCGUUUUUCUUUCACUGAUGCCAUGGAGAUGUACACAGAAAACACCUGGGUUUCUGUCUUUUCACUCUCAGUGGUUUGUGCUUUCAUCAUCUUAUCAAGUACAAGUAGCACGUUGCCUGGAACCUGACAAUCAGCGCUCUAUCCCUUAUGCUGCUCAACUCACUUACAGAAAUGGAAGCCACUGUAAAUGCAAUUCCGAGGAAAAGCUCUUCUGCACAAAGCUGUCCGCCAAAUGAAAAUACGACGAAAAUACAGGGGGAUGCAUAGUUUUUCAAGCUGCAUCUCUGUGGUGCACUGCUGGUUUGCCUUUGCUCUGUCCCUCUCCGUAGGAGCAUGCAUACCAUGUUUGUAAAGAAAGUAGUACCAAUUUUUGCUAUGUAUAAAUGUUAUACUCCUUUGUAUUUGUAUUAAAUUACAGGCACUCCCUUAUAUUUGAUAUAAUUAUAAAUACAUCCAUAUCA